CUUUACAGUAAUUUACUUGUUUUUGAGCUCAAUUCUUGUUUGCAUUACUUUCAGCUGCUUGAAUCAAAAUUCAAAUGAAAAAAACGACAGUGAAUUUGAUCAAUUCAAAUUCUUUCACUUCAUUGAAUUCCGAUUCAUUUCACUUUUCUCAAUUCACAUCCUCCACCACACUCGCACAUAUACAUUCUCUUCUCUCUCUCUCUCUCUCUCUAUAUAUAUAUAUAUAUAUAUAUCGCAUAAGGUGGAAACAUAGGCGGGAGUUCAAAACUUUAAAAAUAAUCAAAAAUCAAAAUCGAAAGUGAAAAUUGAUCAACAAAUGUUUUGAACUUGAAUUUAAUUAACAUCAGUUUAAUAACAGUUCCAGUUUUGUUGCGUGAUUUCAGGAAUAUUCAUGGAAGCUCCUCACGGUAACAACACCAGUUCGAGACUUUCACAACUCAAGGUUUUAGACGGAAACGUUUCGCCAAUCAAUGCACAGAGAGACAACAACCACCAGUUCUUAAUCGGCGGAGGACGUUUUCAUCAUCCAUCGAAGAGUCCGAGCUCAGCCAUUGAUAAAAACAAUUUAGAGAAUUUGGACUCCACAUUGAUCAGGUACUUGCGAUCCAGAUCUCCAGCAUCGGCGACUACCGGCGAUGCGUUCAAAACUCCGGCGAUCGACUCUCCGAAGUACUACAAUAGCGGAGGAAGUAGUGGAUUUGGAUCGCGAGGAUCGUCGUCGGUGUCGCCGCUGUCGGCCCUUGAGAAUUUGGAGCCGUCGGUGUUCAAGACGCCGGUGAAGGUGGAGGAGGACGUGCUGGUGAUGGACGGGAUUCUGGUGAGAUCUGGGGCCGGUGGAAGGUUGAGGUCGUUGACGUCGUCAGAUUCCGGUGGAUCGUCGUCGUCUUCGGGGAGUAAUAGCUUUUUCAAGACGGAGAUAUGUCGGUCGUGGGAGGAUUUCAGUCAUUGUCGCUAUGGCUCCAAAUGCCAGUUCGCGCAUGGAAAGGAAGAGGUGCGCCCAUCUCGAUUCCCCAUCAAGAACAAAUCUGAGGCUCAAAUGUGCAAGUCGUACUCUAGUUCAGGAUCAUGCUCAUACGGUGCAAAGUGCCGCUUUGUCCAUCAUCAGGUUGUGGCAGCUGCAUCACCAACAGAACCAGCAGUGACAGACGUGGCACUGGCGAAAACCCAAACAAUCUCACCUGUCAAACCAGAAAACUCUAGCGGCAGCCUUAGUGUCACUGUCACAAACACUGAUUGGUCUCCCGAGGAUGAUGGCAUUGAGGUCACCUUACCUUGUUCUUCUUCACCUGAGAAAAUUCCAUCAAGGGAAGCUGUGGAUGCUUACAUAAAUAAUGUUCUCUAUGGUCCUUCUCGAAGGAAGAGAUUGCCAGUAUUUGCUGAAAUUUGUCCAGAGUAGAUGCCUUCUUUCCUGAAUAAACCUCCACAUUUUACAUACUAUGGCUCAGUUUGGGACAAAGGUAAAUACAUAUUCUUCCACUGAUGUUUCAGAACAAACAAUUCAUUUUGGCACUUAAAAAUUUUGUUCAUCCUAAAUACAUUGUAUAACAUAGAACUAGAAUUGAAGGAAAUGGGCAAUGUUGGAUAUAAUUGUGUGCUACUUGCCAAUGACAUUGUUACCAUAGAACUCAAUACAAGCCUUUAGUAUAGUAAGAGUUGUCAAUGCAUGACAACUCAAAUCCCUUCUAUCUC